AUCCCCCUCCUUGCCCCUUUCAAACCCGACCUUCUUUCGCUUUUUCUACCUGUAACAAUUUCCUUUCCAUCCAAACACGCUCUCAGAAUCCAAAAACAGAAAAUGGCUCCAAAAGAGAGAUCUAACAGCACUGGCAAUAACCUUAACCAGAACUCCAAUACCGCCGAGAUCCGCUACAGAGGCGUUAGGAAACGACCUUGGGGCCGAUACGCCGCCGAGAUCCGAGACCCUGGCAAGAAAACUAGGGUCUGGCUUGGUACUUUUGAUACUGCUGAAGAGGCGGCGCGUGCUUACGACGCUGCUGCUCGUGAAUUUCGUGGCUCUAAGGCUAAGACGAAUUUUCCUACAGUUACGGAGCUGAACAACGCGGCUGCAGCCGCCGUUGCCGCGGGAGCAGUCACCGUCGCACGAAGUCCUAGCCAAAGUAGCACCGUUGAGUCUUCAUCACCUACACCUCCACGCGCUGCUUCUCCUCCACCGCCUCUUGACCUUACUCUCAACAUUCCUAGUCAUCAACAUCAUCAUCUCCGCCACGGCCAUUUCCCUACCGGUGUUAUUUUUCCUGGUGGCGCGUGGAUUUCACUGGCGGCGGAGGCUCAUCCAGUUUUCUUCUUCGAUGCGUUCUCUGCUCAAGGAGAGAAUAAUAACAACAACAAAAAUAAUAUUAUCAACAAUAAUAAAAUUCACUCUAAAAAUAUUAACUUGUGCAGAUUGGAUCGGACGGUGAUGGUGAGCAGUGGGGUCCACAGUGAUUCCGAUUCAUCAUCUGUUGUGGUUGAUUAUGACCACGAUCGUAGUCCUUGUAACAAGGGAUUAUCACUUGAUCUUGAUCUUAACUUUCCUCCGGCUGAAGUAGCCUGAUUUUGAAGAGAUCUGAUUUCUAUUUUUGGGAAGUCGUUUUUGGGUAUAAUGCUUGUCUUUUUUUUGUUUUUUUUUUUUUUUUUGUCUCAAAUCUCAAUUCGAAGACGAGCCAAGAAAAAUUUAGAGGAUAAGCAAGGAAGCUAACGUAUUUUUUCUUUUUAAUGUAUAUAUAAAGAGAGCCAAGAUAACCUCUUUCCUUUUUGCAAAUGAGAAAUUACCAUGAAUUUCUCAAAUGUUGUUUCUACUGUUAUUACUUCUCAAGUGAUUAUAUAUAUAAUCAGAGAAUUUUACUGAUUUUCCAUA